AUGAUUAGCACACCUUCAUCUAAUAAAUAAGGCAUCUCGGCAGGAUAUGACCUCACAGCGAUGAAGCCUAAAGGAUAAUUUAAUUAUAUUCGGCAAGGUUUUUUCUAGCCCAAAAAUGGGGACAGCUAUGCUAGUUAAGCAAUCCAAUAAUGUUUGGUGCUUAGCCCUAGUCCGCUUUCAAAGCUGAAAUUAAACUAGAGGGCAAGGGAGGUUUGGAAGUUUGAAAGGAGAAGCCCAGUAAAGUCUAUUAGGCCUAUCGGACAAUCUCUCGCAUGAAACUAGGAGUUACGCCCUGGGCUACAAGUUUUCCUUUUGUUGAGAGUCUGCCAGAAAUUCCAUUUUUGGAAUUUUAGUGCAAGCAACCCUCGUCUGGCAUAUGGCACGGCCACGACUCGAAUCUGAUACAGAGAGGAGUUAAAAUCUUGGUCAUGCGACAGCAGGCGUCCCAACGAAGCAAGGUAGAUGAUAAAAUACCCUUUUGAGAUUCUACAGGGAGCUUUUAAUAAUCUUAACUAAGAACUAAGAUAAGCACACCUUCAAGACUAGAAGAUCGAAACCAUUCUUUCCAGUCUAUUAUAACUCUUGAAGAGCACAACUCACAAAGAGAAAAAUUCACAGCUCAACUGCGAAAAACAAAAAGACUAGAAAACGCUAACAAAAGGCGCGAUAUAAUGAGCGAAUCCGAAGGUGAAGCCCAUUACUCUGAUUCAUUGCUUGCCGCAAUCCCACAGCUAUCAAACCCAUAUCUUGAUUCCCGUGAAAAACUAGAAUCUUUCUAUUAUUUAAUAUCCACAACUCAAUCUGAUGAAAUUCGAUACAGUGCAUUAAAUUCUGUAAGAAGACUGCUCUCACAAAGCUCUGCUAUUCCUAUAAAGCAAGCAGCUGAAAUAGGCUAUAUCCAAUUAUUGAUUUUUUACUUGAACCCUCAAAAUAGAAUUGAAAUCCAGUUGGAAGCAUCUUGGUGUCUAUGCAAUCUUGCUGCUUCUGAUAAUGGAAUUGUUGAAAAGCUAGUUAAUUCAGGUGCUGUCCAAGCCUGCUUGGACGUAUUAAAUAAAGAAAACCAAGAAGUAGCUGAACAUGCCAUUUGGUGCAUUGGAAACAUUGCAGGUGAUUACCAUGCACAUUUUCGACAGCAAAUGAUUGACAGUGGCAUAAUUGGAAUUUUAAUUAAUUUUCUAGAAGAAAAAGAUAGGCUAACCAGAGAAGUUAUGAGAACAGGAGCAUGAACUUUGCAUAAUUUGGUAAGGAAAAGAGUUGUAAUUCCGGAAGAUACAUGCAAGGCACUGCUGAUAUUUUUAAAAAAUUGACUGGACGAAUGCGAGCCUGCAAUUAAAAUUGAUUGCUUAUGAGCUGUUGCUUUUCUAGCUGAAGGAGGUGAGAAACAGAUUCAGCUGGUAAUAGAUUCCCAGAUUUUGAAAAGGGUAACAAAAUAUGCGAAAAUGCAUACAGGCAAGUUUAAAGAACCUAUUUUGAGGAUAUUUGGAAACAUUCUAACUGGAAAUUCACAACAGGAGCAAGUCCUUUUGAAUUUAAAGAUUCUUGAUAUUUUGCAUGAAACUCUCCAAUCAAAAAGCGCAAAAAUCAAAAAAGAUGCUUUAUGGUCACUUACUACCUGUAAUGAGAACAAAAUUUUUCUUGCUCAUGAAGGGGUUUAAUUUUCAAUUAUUUUAAAAUUUAUGUUUAGAUUAAAUUCGAAAUAAUCACAAUUUCAAAUAUUAGAAGUAAAAUCGAUUUAAUUUAUAAAAUAAAUGUUUUGGAAUGCAAUUUGUCUAAAUUAAUUGAGUUAGCAAAGAGUUUCCAUCAGAUUUAAAAUAUUUUUUAUGUACAAAAUUUUUGCUCUCUUCACAAUUUAGCUUAUUAAUUUAGUCUGACCUUCUUCAGUAAAUUCUAAUUAAGUCCAACUCAUUAAAAAUUUAAAAUCUCAUUUAAUCAUGCAAAUUUAAUUUUUUCUGACGAAAAUAAAAAAAUAGAUCUGAUAUAAAGAAAAAAUUCUGAUACUUCUCAUCUUCAAGAUUUAAAAAAAAAUCUGAUAAUCGAGUUUUUGAGUCUAUCAGGAAUUUUAAAUUUAAUGGGUAUCUUUUUCACAAGGAUUUUUCGACGAAUUCUUAAGUUCUUAAGGUCUAAGUCUAAUAGCAUUUGUUUCUCUUCUUUUUAGUUUCCCUAUGCUCGCUCACAAGGAAUGUUUAUUUCCUAAAUAGUAUGAUUAUUCCAAUAGCUUUGCUCGCUCAUUGAGCAAGGAAGUUAGUAAUUUAGCAGCAAGUUCAAGAGCUCAAAUAAGUAAGAUAGUUGAGCAUCCAGUUAUCAAAAAAGCUAUGAGAUUUCUAAUAGACCCUAAUCUUAUGAUCAGAAAGGAAGCUUGCUUUAUAUUUGUAAAUAUAGUAAGACUCGGGAUGUAUUCAAGUAUUUUAUCACUACUUGAUUCAGAAAUUUUAGUUAUUUUGAAAGAAUCCUUAGACACACUUGACCCAGAAAUUCUAAAGCUAAUAUUAGAAAUUGCCAAAGGCUUGCUUCGGGCAGGAAGUCAAAAUAUAAGUUCUGAUGGCAAUAAUAAAGUCUCAAGGAUGUAUGAAGAUGCUGGAAUUUUAGACAUAAUCCAAGAUAUCAGAAUUAACAAUGCAAACGAAAAGAUCCAAGAAGCUGCAGAAACUAUUAUAAAACAGUUUUUCAGCACCGAACAAAAUGAAAUAGUCCCUCUAAUGACUCCAGACAGCUACGAGUUUUCUUAA